AUGUCUAUUUCAGAAGAAUUUCUUUCAAGACAUAGCAUUCAAGUAUCUGAUGAACCAGAAUAUGCUCCUGUUGAUCAGUAUACUGGAUCAUCUACUCUCCGAAGGGCAAAUCCAUAUUUAAAUCCAAGACAAUUGGAAUUUUGGGAACAGCAACGAACUCAUCAGGAAUAUUUGAACUAUUUACAUUUUAAACAUCGAUUAGAAGGCAAACCUUUACCGCAAGGUAGCUAUGAUGACGAAGAUGAAGACGAUGAAGUUAUCGAAAUAGAAAGUAAACAAAGCCAAGAAGAGAUAGAUCUACAAAACGAGCUAAUCAGACAAAAAGAACUUUUAGAAAAAACAAAAAUCAAAAUUGGACGAGAAGUUGAUAAAUUUAAGGCAAUGCUCGAUGAUUUUCGAAUGAAAAGAGAACGACAAAAGCUUUUAUUAACUCAAGAAUAUUCAAAGAGAAAAGAGAGAUACGCUCAAGAUAUUAGUACUAUUAAAGAAUCGUACAAUCGUAAACCAGAUAUUAAAAUCAAUAUCAGAGAAGUUAGCGCCUCAGAAUUGAGUGCAAAUGAUAAUUACACAAAAGGAGGAAAGAGUGUGACAAAAUCAAAGCAAACUAUCACUUCCAUUUCGCGAAAUACUACAAAAUCAACAACUGAAUUAUCAAUGAGUAGUUCUGGUUCAAUAUAUGAUGAUUAA